AUGGGCCCGCACCUGAGCGCCCAGGACAGCAUGAGCCCUCUGCACGCCGCCUUGCAGAUGGGCCUCAGCCCGGUCAUCGUGAGGCUGACCGUGGAGUCUUACCAUGCACCAGAAGCGACUCCUAGGCAGAGUGCAUCCUCAAGGCUUAAAGAUUACUUUAUAGGUGCCACCCCUCUGCAAAAACGAUUAGAAUCAGUCAGGAAGCCGACUUCAUUUAUGCCAACUCCGCCUCCAAGGAAAAUUCCCCAGUGUUCACAACUGCCGGAAGAUGCUGAUCCUCCAAAGUUUGCAUUCCUUCUGCAUAAACAGCGGACUUUAUAUAGUUUAACUCCCUUGUAUAAAUUCUCCUAUACUAAUUUCAAACAGUAUUCUAAACUUCUGAAUGCAUUUAUUGCUGCUGAAAAGCAAAAAGGACUUGCUGUGGAAGUGGGAGAGGACUUCAGCAUCAAAGUGAUUUUCUCUACCCUCCUGGGAAUGAAAGGAACACAGAGAGACGCUGAGGCAUUUCUUAUCCAGAUUUUGUGUCAUAAAUACCUUAUUGGAGUGUUGGCAUAUUUGACAGAACUGGCAAUUUUUCAAAUUGACUGA